CCUAUAUAGAGGAAUGUUGGGAGAGAAAGAAACGGGGUUACACACUCAGUAAACGUUGUACACGAAAUUUGGUGGCAGUUGGAACAAACAUCUGAACAAUGUCAUUCCAACUUAACAUUCCUCCCUCUGUGGUCAGCAAACUGGCCAAGUCAGAGGAUGGAGACAAUGAACCCCAGAAGAAAGGACGAGAAGAUUACAAGAAGAUGAAGGAAUUAGAAGAGGCAAGAAAGGCUGGUACUGUGCCUGCUAUGCAGGAUGAGGAAGGAAAAGAUAUCAAUCCUCACAUUCCCCAGUACAUCAUGCAGGCUCCCUGGUACUUUGGCUCUACAGUCCCCACACUGAGACAUCAGAGACCUCAGGCAGAGAAAGAGAGGAAGUUUGCAGCUAUGGAUCAGUGGUACAAAAAGGGAGUGAAAGAGGGUCCUGUUGCUACAAAGUUCAGAAAAGGAGCUUGCGAGAAUUGUGGUGCCAUGACACACAAGAAGAAGGAUUGCUUAGAGCGACCAAGAAAGAUUGGAGCAAAGUUUACAGGAGAUGGCAUAGCCCCUGAUGAGUACAUUCACUCAGAGCUUUCUCAUGACUAUGAUGGCAAGAGAGAUAGGUGGAAUGGCUUUGAUGUGGAUGACUAUUCCAGAGUUUAUGAAGAAUAUCAAAAAGUAGAGGAGGCAAAGAGGCAACUGAAAGCACAAAGAUUGGAUCAGGCCUUGAUAAGUGGAGAGACUGAGGUGAUUGAAUCAGUUAAAGAUGCAGAUGAUGAAGAUGAAGAUAAGUAUGCAGAUGAUGUUGACAUGCCUGGGCAGAAAUUUGAAACAAAGCAAAGAAUCACAGUGAGAAACUUGAGGAUAAGAGAAGACACAGCUAAGUAUUUACACAACUUGGAUCCUAACUCUGCAUACUAUGAUCCUAAGACCAGGUCUAUGCGUGAAAAUCCAUUCAAAGGCACCUCAAAGGAAGCACAGGAACACUUGUUCGCAGGAGACAACUUUGUCAGAUAUUCUGGAGAUGCUACCAACAUGGCCAAAAACCAAAUGUUUGCAUGGGAUGCCUAUGAAAGAGGAGCUGAUGUCCACUUGCAAGCCAACCCCACACAGCUUGAACUGUUACACAAAGAGUUUGACAAGAAAAAAGAUGAAUUCAAGUCUGAUGUCAAUGACAGCAUCCUAGACAAGUAUGGUGGAAAGGAACAUUUGGAAGCUCCACCAAAACAGAUGCUGCUAGCACAGACUGAGGAAUAUGUGGAAUAUUCCAGGCAUGGCACAGUGAUCAAGGGAAGAGAAAAAGCCAUUGUAAGGUCAAUAUGGGAAGAAGAUGUCUAUAUCAACAACCACACAAGUGUUUGGGGCUCAUUUUGGAAAGAAGGGAGGUGGGGCUUUAAAUGCUGCUACUCUUUUAUCAAAGAAUCUUACUGCACUGGUGAGGCUGGAAAGUUGGCAGCUGAGUCAUCCAUGCCUGCUCUUACCCAUGGAGAUGCAGACCUGGAAGAAGAGGAAGAAAAACAACCGAAAUCUUUAGUAGAGCAACAUCAAGAGAGGCUUGAAGAAGAGAGAAGGAAAAAGAAAAACAAGAAAAAGAAAGAUAAGAAAAAGAAAAAGAAGGCACACAAAAAGAAGCGAGACAGCAGCAGCAGCAGUGACAGUGAUGAAAGCGUGGAUGAAGAGGAAGAAAGAGAGAAGAAGAUAAAGGAGGCUAUCAAGAAGGAAGAAGCAAGACAAAAAGAAGUGGAGAGGUUAAUGGCCAUCCCAGAAAGGAAACGUCCAUAUAACAGUGCAUUUAUGAAUGACACUGCAGAGCCCACAGAGGAAGAAAUGGAGGCUUACAGGAGAAAGAGGAAAAAUUUUGAGGAUCCCAUGUCAGCCUUUACAUGAUUAUAUAACAUGGUUUGGGUCAAAAAGAACUUGUGAUAAUUGAACUGGGUGGACAUGCAAAACCCCAUUUUCUCAUAUUCAGUGCUGAAAAAUAACAAGAUAUGAAGAAUGUUGUUCAGGUGGAAUUAUUUACUGUGUGCUGAGCUUUGGAAAGAAUUGGCAUGUGGCAGGUCAAAAAAAAA